AUGUACACUGUUGUCAAAUCAAAAUUAUCUUUGAUCCAACUUGCCGUUUCAUUGUGCAUCUUACUUAUCCAAGUUAAUGGAACACCACCAACAGCUGAUGAACGACAAGCAAUUUAUCUUGAAACAUGUCAAGUAAGUUGUGAUGAAAUAGUAACUGGUAGUAAUACAAAAGACUGUAAUGAACAAUUUUGUCCAAAUUAUGUUAAUUAUUUAAUGAAUGGUGUUACAAAUGAUGCUCCACCAUCAUCGGUUAGUGGAGAUAAAAAAGAAGUGGAACAAUUUUGUGCAAAUUGGAUGAUUAAAUUAAUUGAAUCAUUUGGUUGGCGUACACGUAUUCGUUUGAAUUUGAAAGAGUGUAUGUGUGCAGCAUCAAAAGAAUGUUAUAUUAAAUAA